UGAGAUUUACAUUCAGCCAAACAUUUGGCGCGAAAUUGACAACACGUCGAACCAAGGGAAAAUUUCUCUCAAUAGUGUUGAUAAAUUGGCUAUUUCUUGAGUGUAAGAUAAAGAAAUGGCCCAGAAAAGUAUCUCAUCUUUUUUUAAUGUGCCAUCCAAACCAAAGAAUAAUGAUAAAGAAGUUGAGAGGCCAAAACAAAAAACUCCAACAAAAGCACCUCAAGUAGCUGCUUCUCUGGAGUCCCCGCCUGUCAAGAAGUCUCGUCGCCGGGUGGCUAGAGUCUUGGAUGACAGUAGUGAUGACGAGGACGAGAAAAUGGAGACAGGAACUGUUUCCCCUCCAAAGACUAAUGGACACAGUAGUAGUCCUGAGAGAGGCAAGGAGGCUGCAAAGUGUGAUGGUACCUCUGCUGUCACUAGCAGACACAAUGCAUGUGAUACAAAUUCUCCCCCCUGUGUUCAGACAUCACCUUCUGGGAUCCCAAAAAGAACAACAGCAAGAAAACACAUGAAAAGAAAGGCUUCAAGUGAAAGUGGGAGUUCUUCUGAUGAUAAGGAAAGAGAAACAAAGAAGCCUAAAGCUGAUGUGGAAAAUGAGUGCUCAGCAAAACAAAUAGCUGAUGCAGAUUAUAAAUUGGAACUGGAAGAAAAUGGAAAAGAAAACAAGAAGAAAGUGAAAAAAGAAAAAAAUGAAAAACAACCAAAAGAGAAGACAACAAACGAAAAGGAAAUUGCUAAGAAUAAACAGAAUCACAAAAAGACAAAAAAAGUCGAUAACAAAACAACUACAGAAAGCUCUGAGGAUAAUCAGGAAAAGUCUUCAAGUGAUGACGAGGAUAUGGACAAAAAAACAAUUUCAAAGAAAUCAGCAUUUAGCAGCUUCUUUUCUCCUAAGCCAACUUCAAGACCAAAGAAACAAAAAGAGCCAAUGAAGGAGACAGUGAAAAAGGAAAAGAAAGAAGAGAAGUCUUUAGCCAAAUCUGAAGACAGUAAUGUUGAGAUUAAUGCGGAUAUCAAGCCUGUUGAGGCCAGGGACUAUAACCCAGAGAAGAACUAUUAUCACCCUAUCAAGAAUGCAUGCUGGAGAAGAGGGGAGAAGGUGCCUUAUCUUGCUGUUGCAAGAACCUUUGAGAUAAUAGAAGAUACAUCAGCAAGGCUAAAGAUAAUGUCCAUUCUCAGCAACUUUUUUAGAUCUGUGAUUGCAUUAACACCGAAUGACCUUCUUCCAUGUGUCUAUCUUUGCUUGAAUAAGCUUGCCCCAGCAUAUGAAGGAAUAGAGCUUGGUAUUGGAGAUCACAUCCUCAUGAAAGCCGUCUCUGAAGCUACAGGGCGAAGUCUCUCCCAAAUCAAAGCUGACUUGGCAGACAAAGGGGAUCUUGGUCUUGUUGCUGAGGCUAGUCGGAGCAACCAGCGUACUAUGUUUGCGCCUCCAAAACUCACAGCAGCCAGUGUUUACAGCAAGCUUAAGGACAUAGCAUUAUUCACUGGACAUAGUUCUACAGGAAAAAAAGUAGACAUUAUUAAAGGAAUGUUUGUGGCGUGUCGUCACUCUGAAGCAAGGUACCUCAUUCGGUCACUUAGUGGCAAGCUCAGGAUAGGACUUGCAGAACAGUCAGUCCUCACUGCACUGGCUCACUCUGUGGUACUUACACCUCCUAGUUCAGAAUUUCCUCCACCUGUGAUUGAUGCGGCUAAGACGUUGUCUAGUGAUGAACUUAAAAAGAUGUUAGAUGCAGGCGCACUUACAGUCAAGACAUGUUACUGUGAACUACCAAACUAUAACAAGAUCAUACCUGCACUUCUGGAGUAUGGACUUGAGGAUCUGCCCAAUAAAUGCUACCUUACGCCAGGAGUGCCUUUGAAGCCCAUGUUGGCACACCCCUCUAAGGGUGUGGCCGAAGUACUCAAAAGGUUUGAAGGCAGUGCCUUCACAUGUGAAUACAAGUAUGAUGGUGAACGUGCUCAGAUACAUCUUCUGGAAAAUGGCGAAAUCCACAUUUAUAGUAGAAACCAGGAAAACAACACAUCAAAAUAUCCAGAUAUCAUUUCAAGGAUGCCCAAGGUCAUGUCAGAGGAAAUCAAGUCCUUCAUCAUCGACACUGAAGCAGUAGCUUGGGACCGAGAGAAGCAACAAAUUCUGCCAUUCCAGAUUCUUAGCACAAGGAAAAGAAAGGAUGCGGAUGUUUCCGAGAUCAAAGUGCAAGUUUGUGUCUACGCCUUCGAUCUACUCUACCUCAAUGGGAAGUCUUAUGUGAAGGAACCUUUCAGUGUCAGGAGGAACCUUCUGAGAACAUCUUUCAAGGAAGCUGAAGGGGAAUUCGUGUUCGCUAAAUGCAUGACUUCAACAAACACGGAAGACAUGGCAGAGUUCUUGGAAGAGUCGAUUAAAGGUAAUUGCGAGGGGUUGAUGGUUAAGACUUUAGACGUUGAUGCCACCUACGAAAUCGCUAAGAGGUCUCAUAACUGGCUUAAGUUGAAGAAAGACUAUCUUGCUGACGUCGGCGACACCCUCGACCUAGUCCCCAUCGGAGGCUAUCGAGGCAAGGGGAAAAGGACUGGGGCCUACGGUGGCUUUCUGUUGGCUUGUUAUGAUGCGGAGAGUGAAGAGUUUCAAACAAUUUGCAAGAUCGGAACCGGCUUCACGGAUGAAGUUCUCGAGAGCCACCAUCAGUUCUUCAAGGAUCACGUGAUCGACAAGCCCAAACCGUAUUAUCGCUAUGACGACGGACUGGAGCCUGAUCAUUGGUUUGACGCCGUCCAGGUGUGGGAGGUGAGGGCCGCUGACCUGUCCGUCUCUCCCGUCCACAAAGCUGCGGUCGGACAAGUGGACCCCGUCAAGGGCAUCUCGCUGCGGUUCCCGCGCUUUCUGCGCGUGCGCGAUGACAAAAAGCCUGAAGAGGCAACAGACAGCACUCAGGUUGCCGAGAUGUACAGAGAUCAAGACAGUGUAAAGAACAAUGCAGUAACAACAAAUCAGGAGGAAGAUUUCUAUUAAACUGACCAAUCAGACCCAGGGACACAAACAAACAGCCAAUAAGGAGAGAGAUUUUUCUAUUGUAGUUAACCAAUCAAAGCUAUGGAUGUCAUUGUCAAGAAUAUUGUAUCAAAGGAAGACAGCGAGAAACUUCGUAAUACCCCAACAGUAUGCUGGGUUAAAUUUAAAUAAAUGUUUCUCCUUGUUUGCAACCGA